AUAAAGAAAAAAAAGGAUGCCAUUGCAAUUCACUCUUCGAUCUCUAUAUACUCAAUCCCAAAAACUAACCCCCACCCUAUCCCUUCCCUUCCUCUCUUUCCUCCGCCGCACAAUGUCAACUUCCGGCGACAUCGUCAGCCCUUCAACUACCCGCGUCGGUUGGAUCGGCACCGGCGUUAUGGGCUGCUCCAUGUGCUCUCACAUCAUUAAAGCCGGCUACAAACUCACCGUCUUCAAUCGCACCAUCUCAAAAGCCCAACCCCUCCUCGAUUUGGGGGCUAAUUUAGCCUCUUCCCCUCUCGCGGUUGCCGCCCAGUCCGACGUCGUUUUCUCCAUCGUCGGUUACCCCUCCGACGUCCGCUCUGUUCUCCUCGACCCCACUUCCGGCGCCCUUGCCGGCCUUCGCCCCGGCGGCGUCCUUGUCGACAUGACAACUUCCGAACCAUCACUCGCCUCUGAAAUAGCCGCGGCUGCAACCGCCAAGGGCUGUGGGGCAAUCGACGCUCCGGUAUCAGGCGGCGAUCGUGGAGCGAAGAACGCCACUCUGGCGAUCUUUGCCGGCGGUGAUGAAGGUGAAGUCCGGCGAUUGAGCCCGUUAUUUUCUCUUUUAGGGAAAGUGAACUACAUGGGGGAAAGUGGGAAAGGUCAAUUUGCAAAGCUGGCGAAUCAGAUCACUAUCGCUUCAACAAUGGUGGGACUAGUGGAAGGGAUGAUUUAUGCUAAGAAAGCUGGGCUUGAUGUGGGUUUGUUCUUGAAUGCUAUAUCAACAGGAGCAGCUGGAUCAAAAUCUCUGGAUUUGUAUGGAAGUAGGAUUUUGAAAAGGGAUUUUGAACCUGGGUUUUUUGUGAACCAUUUUGUGAAGGAUUUGGGAAUUUGUUUGAAGGAAUGUCAGAAUAUGGGGCUUGCUCUUCCUGGAUUGGCAUUGGCUCAACAGCUUUAUGUUUCGCUUAAAGCUUAUGGGGAAGGGAAUUUAGGGACUCAGGCACUGAUUUUGUCUGUAGAAAGGCUCAAUAAUGUUUCACUUGACGACGGCGGCAGCAGGGCCAAUGGUUCUUCGUGAUUAUGCCGCCAUUACAAAGACCACUAAUCGUUGUUUCUAAGCUAUUUGGUUGUACCAAUGGAGAAAGAGAUCAUCCAUAUAAGUUUCUACCUUUCCAAAUUGUAGUUGUUUUAUGGCCAUUUGUUGUUUACUACAAUUAUAAAUAAGGAACUUAUAAGGUUAUGUGA